AUGACAUUUAUCCUGAUUCCAAUUAUAUUGCUCCUAAAAUAGAAAAUAUUAUUUUACAACGGACACUUUCUUUCUAUUUUUCGGAUGCAUCUUGUUGGGUCAGUGGUCCGGCACACAAAUACCCUUGUAAUUCUACAAUCGCUUCUCACACUCGAUUGCCCCUGCGAUUAUACGCUGUGCAUGUUUCAGCCGCUCCUUUCCCGAGGGAUCAUCGAUCCGUAUUCGCCAGAGCGCGGCGUUAAAUAUACAAAAAUACGAGCAAAACUGGAAAAGAGGUCGAUUGUCCUGUAUCAUCCGUGCAUACGCAAAACUUUGGAUUACUGGCAUCGUGAAUAUGGGAAAGUCAAGCAAGUAGAUAAACAAGAGCUUGCAUCGUAUGGAAAAUCGUACGAUCUUUCAAGUUUUGAUUUUCAAUUUUCGAGAAUACUCAGAAGCACAAACGAUGAUCUGCUCAAACGAUGGCUACCAAAAAUAUGCAAUAUUUUGCUCGCAGCUUUGAAGAAGAAAACUUUGCCAUCGGCGAAUGAUCCGGAAUAUAACAGAUUUUUUAAUUGUCUUGCCUACGUCAUGGAAGAUCAGUUGCGAGAUUUGUGCUUGCGUUCAAUGGAAGACUACAUCAACUAUCUCAUGGACGUGGGUGGCAUCAACUGUGGCUUUAACAUACAUCUUGUGAUAAGGAACACGUCUAUCUCCUUUGAUCCUACAUUCAAAAUGUUUGUGGACACACUUUCAACGUUAUUAAAUUCUCUGUACGAGUUUGUAACCACGUUACCUCGUGCGGAGAUAAAACUGGGAUGGGUGCAAUCUAAUACUGGACUGCUCAAGCCAAUAAUUUCUUCGGACGUUCUUGAGCAGCAUAUGAAUACUAUAUCGAAUUUAAUACAACGAUACAGGAUUAAUCCGGAAUUGCAACUGCACGAGUUUGAUAAAUAUAUAAGCCUGAUAAACGACGAGGAUGUCAAUUACGUUGAGGAUUUUCUAAAGACCCAACCGCCUAAACCAUAUGAGAAAUAUUGCGAACUCGUUCAGUAUUAUGAUCAACUGAGCAAGAAUAUCCCACUAGAGUUUUAUCGAACAUCUUUUACCGACCUUUUCGAAGUUCGCAGGCAUCAUACUAUAGACCAUAUUGUUUCUACAGCUACGAACCUGAGAAAUGAAAUAGUUUCGAAAAUGGUCGCCGAUUACCAACAAAAAGUCCGAGCUAUAGGAGAUGUUUAUCAAGAUAUCAACCAAGCCUUAAGUAUACCGCCUAAUACAUCCAAACUUAUGAAACUGCAGGCUUUUAUACAUAAAUCUGAAACAGAAACUGUCUUUGUGUUAGAAAAUCAGUUGCGGGAAGUAAUGAAAUAUAUAAUAUUAUCAGAUUAUCAUCACUUAACGCCGGUCGAGUUGAAAAGCAAUAAUUUUGCUUUUCAUCGGUACUAUGAAAUGCCUGAAGUUUUUGAGAAGCAUCGAGAGAUAGUUGCGAGUAAAACAGGCGAGUAUCAGGCAACACUUAAAACUAGGAUCGAGAAGUUUGAACAGAGUCUCCAACUUUACGCGAAAUACUGCGGAUUGCAAUACUGGGGCAAUAUCGAGGAAAUACAACGAUAUAAAAAGAAAGCUACGAGUCUUGAUAAUAAGUUGAUCGCCGCGAUGGACACGAUCACGGAAUUCAAUGAAGAGGAGAAAUUAUUCGGCUGGGAAAUGUCGCAGUAUCCUUUAAGAAAGAUGACAGCUGAUAAAUUGGCACCCUACAAAAGAUUUUAUGACAUUGCCUGCGACUUCUUAACAAAUUAUGAAACCUGGACGGGGAGUGUUGUGGGUUCGCACGGUCCUGAAGUAAUUGAAAAUGAAACCGGUAUUGCGUAUCGCAUGAUAUACAAAUUGGAGAAGGCUUUUCAAGAACCAGCGGUGAAGAAGCUGGCUGAGAUCGUAAGAACAAAAAUCGAGGACUUUAAAGAGAACAUGCCUGUAAUAUUGACUCUCGGGAAUCCUUCUCUGAAGAGUCGUCACUGGGAGCAGGUUUCGGAGAUCGUUGGAUUUCCUAUAAAAAUCGAUCCGUAUAUGACAUUGGCCAAGAUUCUCGACUAUGGUUUAGGCGACUAUGUAUUGAAAUUCGAGACAAUAUCUGAGGCGGCUACCAAGGAAGGCAAUUUAGAGAAAGCUUUGUUCAAGAUGUAUUCUGACUGGGCAGAUAUCGCAUUUACCGUAAAUCCUUAUCGCGAUACCGGCACAUAUGUCAUCGCCAGUGUAGAUGAAAUACAAUUACUGCUCGACGAUCAUCUGACCAAGGCUCAGACAAUGAAGAAUUCCCUUUACAUAAAGCCGUUCGAAAAGGAAACUCUGGAAUGGGAAGCCAAAUUACUCUUGCUACAAGAUAUUAUGGAUUACUGGUUGAGAGUUCAAGGGACAUGGAUGUAUCUUGAACCGAUUUUUUCGUCACCUGAUAUACAGCAACAAAUGCCGGAAGAGAGUCGACGUUUCAGCGCAGUAGACAAAAUUUGGAGGGAACUAAUGACAAUCGUCGCUGCUGACCCGAUGGUCAUGUUCGUCGUCGAAAUUGACAAGAUGUUGGAUCGUUUAAGGAAAUGCACGCAUUUGCUCGAUCUGGUGCAAAAAGGACUCGCCGCUUAUCUUGAGAAAAAGAGGCUUUUCUUCCCGCGAUUCUUCUUCCUCUCUAAUGACGAACUCUUAGAAAUAUUGUCUGAGACGAAAGAUCCCACACGCGUGCAGCCACAUCUGAAAAAAUGUUUCGAAGGCAUCGCGAAAUUGAGCUUCACCGACGCGAUGGAAGCUACAGCUAUGAUGUCAGCUGAAGGGGAGGAGAUCAUUCUUGAGGACAUAAUCGAUACGGUCGCCGCACGAGGACAAGUGGAAAAGUGGCUUCUCGAACUCGAGAGUGACAUGAAGAAAAGCGUAAAGGCUCAGGUAAUACGCGCCAAAGAUGCUUUUCCAACUAAGCCUAGGAGUCAAUGGGCUUUAGAAUGGCCGGGUCAAACCAUUCUCUGCAUCAGUAAAAUGUACUGGACGGCGGAUAUAACCGACAAGCUUCCAAAGGGUACCGAGAUUUUAAUGGAAUACGUGGAAACAUGCACAUAUGAGCUCAACGAGAUCGUCAAGCUCGUUCGCGGAAAACUGUCAACACAGAACCGGACAACACUAGAAGCUCUGGUGACGUUGGAUGUCCACAGUCGCGACGUAUUGGUGCAACUGUGCGAGCAAGCUGUGACCCAGAUCACAGACUUCAAGUGGCUUUGUCAGAUGAGAUAUUACUGGAUAGAUGAGGACAUGUACACGAUGAUGAUAAAUUCCACACUGGGCUAUGCAUAUGAAUAUCUAGGUAAUACGUCGCGAUUGGUGAUAACGCCACUCACCGAUCGAUGUUAUCGUACCCUAUUUGGAGCACUGAGCUUACAUCUUGGCGGUGCUCCAGAAGGACCUGCUGGAACCGGAAAAACGGAGACUACAAAAGACUUGGCAAAGGCAGUCGCCAAGCAAUGUGUUGUAUUCAAUUGCUCGGAGGGGUUGGACUAUAUCGCACUGGGCAAAUUUUUCAAGGGAUUAGCCAGCACAGGCGCAUGGUCUUGCUUCGAUGAAUUUAACCGCAUCGACUUGGAAGUCCUAUCGGUUGUGGCACAGCAGAUUCUGACUAUUCAACGAGCUAUACACGCGGAAAAAACGACUUUAUUAUUCGAGGAGACGGAAUUAAAGCUGGAUCGUACUUGUGCGGUAUUCAUUACAAUGAAUCCAGGAUAUGCUGGGAGAACAGAAUUGCCAGACAAUUUGAAAGCUUUAUUCCGAUCAGUAGCUAUGAUGGUACCAGAUUACGUUUUAAUAGCAGAGAACACACUGUAUUCAUAUGGAUUCUACAAUGCAAGACCUUUGUCUGUAAAGAUUGUUAUGGCCUAUAAAUUAUGUUCGGAACAACUAUCCAGUCAGAAUCAUUACGAUUACGGUAUGCGUGCGGUGAAGUCCGUCUUAAUAGCGGCAGGAAACUUGAAACUGAAAUACCCGGAGGAAAACGAGGACAUCUUGAUCUUGCGAAGUAUCACCGACGUAAAUCUACCUAAAUUCCUCAGCGAGGACAUACCUUUGUUUCAUGUACGUACAUAUUUAUGCACGAAUAAAACAAAAUUCCUGAAAAAUAUAUCGUUUCAGGGUAUCACCUCAGACCUCUUUCCAAACAUUGAACUUCCGGAGCCAGAUUACGUGCACUUAAACGCGGCCAUAAAUCAGGCGUGUGCCGAUGCGAAUAUUCAAUGUAUUCCCGUAUUCCUGCAGAAAAUCCAACAGAUGUACGAGAUGAUGUUAAUCAGACACGGAUUCAUGAUCGUCGGAUAUCCUUUCGCCGGCAAGACUACGGCCUACAACGUGCUUGCCGAUGCACUCAAAAUCUGUGAAGAGAACAACUGGAUAAACGAGAAUAAAGUAGAGAUAACAGUGAUCAAUCCGAAGUCGAUAACACUGGGUCAGCUGUAUGGGCAGUUUGAUCCAGCGUCCCGCGAAUGGAAUGAUGGUAUUCUGGCUAUUAGCUAUCGAGCUUUCGCGACUUCGACCAACGAAAAUCGAAAGUGGCUGGUUUUCGAUGGACCAAUAGACGCGAUAUGGAUAGAGAGUAUGAACACCGUCCUCGACGACAACAAGAAAUUGUGUCUAAUGAGCGGAGAGAUUAUUAAGCUGGCACCGACGACCAAUUUGAUAUUCGAACCACUAGAUCUGGAAACUGCUUCACCGGCCACGGUAUCUCGUUGUGGAAUGAUUUACAUGGAGCCUACCGCGUUGGGAUGGGACCCCUUGUUAAAUUCCUGGAUAGCGAAACUGCCGAAAAUAAUAGAUGAGUGGCUACGUCUCUUCCUGCACGAAUCGCUUUUCCUCAGAUUUUGUAAACCUCUUUUUCACCUAUUACGUCGAUGCAACGUUAAGGAAAUGUGUCCAAUGCCCGAUUCAAAUCUUGCACGAUCUGUCACUUAUCUCAUGGAUUGUUUUAUGGACGAUUAUUAUAAUGAGGAAAUAAUAAAAAAUAUUAAUGAACUCGAUCUUCGAGCACAAAUAGAGGGCUCAUUCUUUUUUUCGUGCAUCUGGGCUAUGGGAGGUACUUUGGAAGCUAAAUACAGAGAACAAUUCAGUAUUCUAUUUCGUGGACUUUUGGAAAAAGAAUUUCCAAUUGAUUUAAUGAAUGAAUUUCAGUUACAAGAACCGGUACCGCCGCCUUUGAAACCGUAUAUCUUUGUUAUGCCGAAAGAUCAUCUGGUGUUUGAUUACAGAUUUAUUAAAGAGGGCAAAGGAAAAUGGAAAUUAUGGUCGGACGAAUUAAUAAAUGUGCCGGCAAUUCGUGACAUUCCUGUCAAUCAGAUAAUAGUGCCUACUGGAGACGCACGAUACACCGCGCUCUUUCAGAUGUUGGUUCAGCAUCAGAAACCGGUACUCUUUGUGGGUCCGACGGGGACAGGAAAAUCAGUCUACAUAAUCGAUUUUCUACUGAAGAAAAAUAAUGCCGCAGUGAAUAAGCCGUUGUUGAUCAAUUUUUCUGCGCAAACCACUGCUAAUCAGACGCAAGAUAUUAUCAUGAGUAAGUUGGAUCGCAGACGGAAGGGUGUAUACGGGCCACCCAUAGGCAAACGCUGGAUCGUCUUCGUUGAUGACAUUUCAAUGCCGCUGAAAGAAACAUAUGGAGCGCAACCGCCGAUAGAAUUGUUACGGCAAUGGUUGGACCAUUGGCAGUGGUAUGACAGAAAGGAGGGGACAUUCAUAAAAUUAAUUGAGAUUCAAUUGAUGUGCGCUAUGCAACCGCCAAUCGCUGGUAAAGACGUUACGCCAAGAUUUAAACGUCACUUCUUUGUUCUAACGAUAUCUGAAUUUGAAGAUAACGUUAUGAUUAUGAUAUUUAGUAGAAUUGUUUUAUGGCAUCUCGAUACAAGAGGUUUUAGUAAAGAAUUUGAUCCAUGCAUCGACCAGAUCGUCCUUGCGACAUUAGACAUUUAUAAAGAGAGCUUAUGUAAUCUGUUGCCGACACCUGCAAAAUGCCAUUACAUGUUUAAUCUUCGAGAUUUCUCACGAGUGAUUCAGGGAGUACUUUUAUCGGUUCCGGAGACCAUGCCUGCGCUUUCAAAUAUGAAGCGUUUAUGGGUCCACGAGAUACUUCGUGUGUUCAGCGAUCGUUUAGUCGACGACGUCGAUCUAACUUGGCUGAUACAACAAACAGAAGUAACGCUAAAGAAACGCAUGGAAGUUUCAAUGGAGGAUCUCUUCGAAGAUUUACUUCCUAAGAAGCCGGAUGGCGAAAGUUGUAUUUCCAUAAAUGAACUGCGAAAUUUAGUAUAUUGCGACUUCACCGAUGCCAAGGGAGACAUUCGCUUGUACCAGGAAGUUAGUGAUCUAGAACAACUACGAGAGAUCAUAGAGACGUAUCUCUCCGAAUACAAUUCAAUGACCAAGAAGCCUAUGAAUCUGGUGUUGUUUCGGUUCGCAAUUGAACAUCUGUCGAGGAUUGCUCGUAUUAUCAAGCAGCCUCGAAGUCACGCUCUCCUUGUCGGCGUCGGCGGAUCUGGAAGGCAAUCUUUAACUAGACUGGCAUCGCAUAUCUGUGACUACGACGUAUUCCAAGUCGAGAUUACGCAACAAUAUGGUCUUCACGAAUGGCACGAGGACAUCAAAGCUAUCAUGAGAAAAGCAACCGCUAGCGAAUUGCAUUCGACUUUCUUUUUCAGCGACACGCAAAUUAAGGAAGAGAACUUCUUAGAAGACAUCAGCAACAUGCUUAACUCGGGAGAAGUGCCUAAUAUAUUCACGACUGAGGAAAAGGCUGAAAUAUGUGAGAAAAUGAGACAGAUUGAUCGACAACGAGAACGAUCGUUACAAACAGACGGUAGCCCCGCGGCUCUCUUUAAUCUAUUUGUACAAAUUAUUCGCGAUCAGUUGCAUAUCGUUGUUACUAUGUCACCUAUCGGCGAUGCUUUCAGAAAUCGAAUUAGAAAAUUUCCGGCUUUGGUUAAUUGCUGUACCAUAGAUUGGCUUCAGUCAUGGCCUGAAGAUGCUUUAUUAGCAGUCGCGACAAAAUUCUUGGCUACGGUCGAGCUUACUGAUCACGAGAGAAAGGCUGGUAUUGACAUGUGUCAAUUUUUUCACGUGUCGACUCAAAAAUUAAGCGACGAAUUCCUAAUUCGCUUAAACAGACACAAUUAUGUGACACCAACUUCUUAUCUCGAAAUGAUUAACACCUUUAAAAAUUUGCUUGAUAAGAAACGUGGAGAAGUGCUACGUGCUAAAGCUCGAUAUCAAGGCGGAUUAGGACAAUUAGAUAGCACGCAACAUCAAGUAACGGAAAUGCAAGAUACAUUAAAGCAGUUGCAACCAAAAUUAGUCGCAGCCACGCAGGAUGUUCAAAGAAUGUUAGCCGACGUUGAGAGGGAGAGUCAUGAGGUGGCGGAAUUUGAGAAAGUGGUCAAGGUCGAUGAAGUAGCGGCAGAACUGGUAGCGAAGGAAGCAGCUGUCAUAAGGGCUGAAUGUGAUGCUAAUCUGGCAGAAGCCAUGCCCAUUUUAAAUCGAGCUAAAGAAGCAUUAGAUACAUUAACACCGACGGAUAUCGCAAUAGUUAAAGCAAUGAAACACCCGCCAUAUGGCGUGAGACUUAUCGUGGAAAGCGUUUGUGUUCUCAGGCAAAUAAAACCAGAGAGAGUGCAUACGAAGGAAGGUACGUACAUCGAUGAUUAUUGGAAGGCUGCUUUGCGAAUGCUCAGCGAUGCCAAGUUCUUGGACUCGCUACUCAACUUUGACAAGGACAAUAUACCGGACAAAGUAAUAGAAACGAUACGAAAAGAGUAUUUGGCUAAUCCAGACUUUGACCCAGAAAAAAUCAAGAAGGUCUCAACAGCUUGCGAAGGUUUGUGCCGUUGGGUCAUUGCAAUGUCCGAGUACGAUGAAAUCGCUAAAAUCGUCGCUCCUAAAAGAAAAGCUCUGGCAGAAGCUGAAGCUGCCUAUGACAAGGCUAUGGAACUAUUAAAUUUCAAGCGAGAACAAUUGCGUCAAGUGCAGGAAAAGUUAUUGGAUCUUGAAGAGACCCUCAAUGAAAGAAAGGCAAACUUCCAGACGAUGUCCGAUCAAGUGGCGGACUGCGAGACGAAAUUGAAACGUGCCGAGGAUCUUAUUGGAGGCUUAGGCGGAGAAUACGCACGUUGGUUUCAAACUGCCGAACAACUGAGCACCAAAUAUUAUCGGUUAACGGGCGACGUGAUAAUCGCUUCUGGUGUAGUAGCUUACUUGGGUCCGUUUACUAUGCCAUUUCGUGUGCAGCAGAUAAACGAAUGGGUGAAACUGUGCACGGAUUUGCAAGUAAUUUGCAGCCAAGAUUUCCAAUUACGUGAAAUACUUGGCGAUCCAGUUUUGAUUAGAUCCUGGAACAUCGCUGGUUUACCUGCCGAUGCAUUUUCUGUUGAUAACGGAAUUAUCGUUAUGAAUGCCAGAAGGUGGCCGCUGAUGAUAGAUCCGCAAAGCCAAGCCAACAAGUGGAUAAGAAACAUGGAGAAGCAAAAUAAUAUAAGUAUUAUUCGACUGACUCAGCUCGAUUACGUGAGAGUUUUAGAAAAUGCGAUACAAUUUGGACAGCCAGUGCUGUUGGAAAAUGUGGAAGAGGAAUUAGAUGCUGUACUUGAACCGAUACUUUUAAGGCAAACAUUUAAGCACGGGGGUGCAUGGUGUAUAAAAUUGGGCGACGCUGUAGUAGAAUACAACACUAAUUUUAGACUUUACAUCACGACAAAAUUAAGGAAUCCUCAUUAUCUGCCAGAAAUAGCUGUAAGAGUAACUCUACUAAAUUUCAUGAUAACACCAAGCGGUUUGGAAGAUCAGUUGCUCGGUAUUGUAGUUGCGAGAGAAAGGCCCGAUUUAGAGUCAGAAAAGAACAUCUUGAUUGUGCAAAGUGCCGAGAACAAAAAGAUGCUGAAGGAGACAGAAGAUAAAAUUUUGGAGGUACUUUCCGCGGCGGAGGGUAAUAUCUUGGAGGAUGAAGAAGCUAUCGACAUUCUAACGUCGUCUAAAAAUUUGAGCGAUGACAUCCAAGUGAAACAAGCUGCCACAGAAGCUACAGAGAAAUCAAUCGAUGCUGCGAGACUGCAAUAUCAACCUAUCGCGGCCUAUUCAACUAUACUCUUUUUUACAAUAGCAUCAUUGGCCACUAUAGAUCCGAUGUACCAAUAUUCAUUAGUGUGGUUCGUAAAUCUCUUUAACAUGGCUAUUACCAACACAGAACCAGCUGAUAAUGUUGAACAACGCCUGAAGGACCUGACCAAACAUUUCACAUAUUCCCUUUACGUCAAUAUCUGUAGAUCGUUGUUUGAAAAAGAUAAACUGUUGUUUGUGUUACUCCUCGUUAUCAAUCUGCGCAAGAUAAGUGAGAUGCCAGAAGCCAUGGCCAAAUGGAUGUUCUUACUGACUGGUGGGAUAGGUCUGGAGAAUCCAUACGUUAAUCCGGCCGAAUGGUUACCCGUCAAGCAAUGGGAUGAGCUGUGUAGAUUAGAUCAAGUCAAAGGAUUCGAGGGCAUUCGAGAGGCGUUCUCCAAAACGAUUGAGAGAUGGAAAAGGAUAUUCGAUUCGAAGGAACCGCAGAAAGAGCUCUUCCCACCCCCAUACGAAGACUUGGACUUACUCGAACGAUUGUUAAUUUUGCGAUGUAUCCGACCCGAUAAGAUCAUUCCCGCAGUACAAGAAUUUGUGGAAAAACAAAUGGGCACACAAUAUAUAGAACCACCGCCUUUUGACUUGGCAUCUGCGUUCGCGGAUUCCAACUGUUGCAUCCCACUGAUAUUCAUCUUGACUCCCGGCGCCGAUCCGGCACAGACUCUCCUAACAUUCGCUGAUGAGCAGGGCUACGGUGCCAAGCGUCUCUUUUGCUUGUCCCUUGGUCAAGGUCAAGGACCAAUAGCAGAAGGGAUGAUAAAGAACGGAGUGUUGCAUGGUAAUUGGGUUGUGUUGCAAAAUUGUCACCUGGCCAAGAGUUGGAUGCCGACGCUGGAGAAGAUUUGUGAGGGUUUAAUACCUGAAACAAUCCAUCAGGACUUCCGGCUGUGGCUGACUAGUUACCCAGCGGAACAUUUUCCCAUAUCAGUCCUGCAAAACGGCAUCAAGAUGACGAAUGAGCCGCCCAAGGGACUCAGAGCCAAUAUUCUGAGAUCCUACGCAACCGAUCCGAUCAAUAAUCUGGAGUUCUUUGAAGGGUGCAUUCAGAGCGAUGUUUUCAAGAAGCUUCUGUACUCGUUAUGUUUCUUUCAUGCAGUUGUGCAGGAAAGACGUAAGUUCGGCCCAAUCGGCUGGAAUAUCCCUUAUGAGUUCAAUGAGACUGAUCUCAGGAUCAGUGCUCUGCAAUUGAAGAUGUUCCUGGAUGACUACGAAGACGUGCAAUUCGACGCUCUCAAGUAUCUUACAGGAGAGUGCAAUUAUGGAGGCAGAGUUACAGACGAAUGGGAUCGUAGAACCCUAAAUACUAUUUUGGUACAGUUCUAUUGUCCGGAACUGCUGACUGAUAAGGUGUACUAUUUCGAUGAAUCCUCUACUAUUUAUUACUGUCCAAUUAUCAGAGAACAUGAAGGAUAUCUUGUUUAUACAAGAAGUUUUCCUAUAAUUACCGAGCCGAGCGUAUUUGGCAUGAAUGAAAAUGCUGAUAUUCUUAAAGACCAACGAGAAACGGAUCUACUGUUUUCUUCUUUGUUGCUUACGCAGGAUCGAUUGGAUCUUUGGCAAAUUAAGGAAACUGUUAAAGGCUUGAGACAAGCGUCUGAUGACGAAAUAGUUUAUAGCGUUGCAACAGAAAUUUUGGACAAACUUCCAGAUGAUUACGAUCUAGUUGCCGCAAUUGCUAAGUACCCCAUGUUAUAUAGCCAAAGCAUGAACACUAUACUGGUGCAAGAGAUGGAUAGAUUUAACAAAUUAUUACAAUGUAUCAGAAACAGUCUCGUCAACAUACGGAAAGCUAUCAAAGGUGUAAUCAUGAUGUCCUUCGAGCUUGAAGACAUUUAUGAAGCGAUUUUGACGAGUAAGAUACCUCUUCUAUGGAAACAAAAUUCUUAUCCAUCUCUGAAACCUUUGGGCAGUUAUAUUCACGACUUUUUGCAACGUUUAAUAUUUAUACAAAAAUGGUACGACGAAGGGCCGCCUGUUACAUUCUGGUUGCCAGGGUUUUAUUUUACACAAGCAUUUUUAACGGGAACACAGCAAAAUUAUGCACGAAAGUAUCGGAUUCCCAUAGAUCUUCUCACAUUCGAUUUCGUAAUUUUAAAAGAGACCGCCUUCGAGUCCGCACCCGAAGAUGGUGUUUAUAUUUAUGGAUUAUUUUUGGAUGGUGUAAGAUUCGAUAUGAAGGAGAUGACUGUAGAAGAGAGUUUUCCCAAAAUACUUUAUGACAAUGUGCCACAUAUAUGGUUAAUACCGAUGAAGAAACAGGACAUCAAAGAAAGGCUAUCGUACGUUUGUCCGCUCUAUAAAACAGCUGAACGUCGUGGAGUACUCUCUACUACCGGUCACUCCACGAAUUUUGUUAUAGCCAUAUUGCUGCCAACGAUAAAAUCACCCAAUCAUUGGAUCAUAAGAGGAGCAGCUAUGCUUUGUCAACUCAGUGAAUAAAGAAUAUCAAUGUAAUAUCA